GUGUAAGUUUAUUUAUGUUUAAAAAGGAAUAAAGUAAUAAAAAUAUUUAAAAAAUAGUUUAUUUAUUUUACUUAUUAUUUUUUUUAAUUUUUUAGAAAAUUAAACAGUACAUUAAACCAUGUCUGAAAAACGUAAAUGUCGCCAAUAUUCCAUUGAAUAUUUAAAAUUUGGUUUUAUUGCUUCGCCAAGUAAUGAGCAGUUACCAAUGUGUCUUGAAUGUCAUCAAGUUUUUUCAAAUGAGGGAAUGAAGCCUUCAAGAAUGAAAGAACAUUUAUCAAGAAAACAUCCCGAUAAGAAGUACAAAGAUUUUGAUUAUUUUCUUAAUUUAAAAAAAAAGUUAGAAAAUCGUAAAACAGUUGUGAAUUUAUUUAAGGAUUCGGCAAUUCAACUUAACAAGGGUCUUGUGACUUCAUACAAAAUUUCAUUGUUAAUAGCAAAAUGUGGCAAGCCUCAUAAUAUCGGGGAAAAAUUAAUAAUUCCAGCUGUUCAAGAAAUUUUAAGCAAUAUGACUACAUUAAAUCCAAACAGUAUAAUUUCUUCCAUUCCUUUAAGCAACGAUACUGUUUCCAGACGAAUUGAUGAGAUGGCUAAUGACGUUGAAGAACAGCUUUGUGAAGAUCUUCAAAACACAGAAUUUACGUUACAAUUGGAUGAAAGUAUAGUUCGCAAUAAUGAAGCAAUAUUACUGGCGUAUGUGCGAUACAUUAAAAAUGACAAAAUCAUUGAGGAAAUGUUAUUUGCAAAAUCUUUAACUACUGAUACUAAAGGUUUGUCUAUUUUUAAUGUUGUGAAAACAUUUCUUGAUGAGAAUAAUAUACCAAUUUCUAACAUUCUUGCUUGUGCUACUGAUGGAGCUCCAGCAAUGAUAGGUAGACAGCGUGGAUUUAUUACCUUAUUGAAAGCAGAAAAUUCUAAAAUUUUCAGUAUACAUUGCAUUUUACAUCGACAACACUUAGUAGCCAAACGACUCAGUGAUAGGUUGCAUCAAUCAAUGAAUUUGGUAAUAUCUUUAAUUAAUAAAAUCAAAGCACAUUCUUUAAAUGACUGUUUGUUUCGAGAAUUAUGUCAUGAUAACGAUGAAGAAUAUGAACGUUUGUUACUUCAUACAGAAGUUAGAUGGCUAUCUAAGGGUAAUUGUCUCAAAAGAUUUUUUAAUUUGUUCGAUACUAUCAUUGAAUUUCUACAUACAAUUAAAUAUGAAAUCACAUUUAAUGUUGAAGUAUUACGUAAUGAUGUUGCUUAUUUAUCAGACAUAUAUGAAAAGUUUAACGAAUUUUUGACAAAAAUGCAAGGCAACAAUAUCAAUCUCAUCAAAGUUAAGAGUUCCGUAACAUCCUUCUUAAACAAACUAACUCUCUACAAAAAUAAUAUGGCUCGUAGAGAAUUUUCUCUAUUUUCUUGUUUAAAUACAAUAAGUGCAAAAAAUAUUGGGGAUACUGAUUUAGAAAUAUAUUGCACACAUAUUGAAAAUAUAAAAAAUGAUAUGAAUAUUCGCUUUAAAGACGUAGAACAGUUAAUAAUACCAAACUGGGUAAUAGAUCCUUUUAACUUGGAUGUAAAUACAUUACCUUCCUCAAUACAAGAAAUUAUGAUUGAUUUGCAAAAUGAUGUUGAAGCAAAGAUUUUGUAUACACAAAAUAAUAUUGAAUGUUUUUGGGUAAAUAAUAGACACAAAUAUAAAAGGCUUUGGAAUGAGAUUAAGUUAUUAAUUAUGGCAUUUCCAACUUCUUAUCUUGUAGAAAAAGGAUUUAAUGCUAUUGUACAGUUAUUGUCCAAACAAAGAAAUCGGUUACAAUUAACACAAAAAGGUGAUUUGCGAUUACUUUUGACAAAUUUCGAACCAAAGAUAAACAAAUUGGCUCAAUUUCAUUAG